UAGCAAAAAUCCAAAACGGGCCGAAACAGCUGCAUUAGCCACGCGAGUAUGGUACGUUAGCUGUGCCAUUGGCUGUGCUCGUUUCGACUCUUCCUCAGUAAACUGUGAUGAUUUCUUCGACAUUCACCUCUCACGAAGCAUAUCGACACUCCGCAGAACCAUGGACUUGACGCUUCGUCUCCAAAAAUGCUUUACCUGGGUCCCAGUAAUCGUAAUAUGUCUCCUCGUCACGAGUUCGGCGAACUUGACACCGUACGAGGCGAACUGCAGCACCCUCCUCAUGGGCCAGUACUCGUGCUUGCCGCCCGACAUCGACCCUGCGACGCAACAGCCCCGGUCCUGCGGGCCCGACGACACCGCCAGACUCCAGUGCGUCACCGCCGACGGCAUCGUCUGUAGGAACGGCACGGGCACUGGCCCGGACACUUUUGAGAAGCCGAUUCCGUGCCGCUACACCAACGGCUACUCCUUCGAGACGGCACUGCUGCUGUCCGUGUUCCUGGGAAUGUUUGGCGUCGACCGGUUCUACCUCGGCUACCCGGCAAUCGGACUCGCCAAGUUCUGCACGCUGGGCUUCAUGUUCCUCGGGCAACUAGUCGACAUCGUCCUCAUAUCGAUGCAAGUCGUGGGACCGGCUGACGGCUCGCACUACGUCAUCAGCUUCUUCGGGCCGGGACUCAGUUUCCUGAGGGUGGAUAAUGAUACCUACGUGCUGCCGCAGGACGAUUGGUGACUUACAUCCGAGCAGUAACCACAGGUGUUCGUGCGUGUGGAAGUCCAGUUGUACUCCACUACACUUCGUUUAUUCCUAAGCUUAGUGCGCGGCGGGAGCUACGUGCUCGUUAAACUGGUCAUAUAUCAAUCUUUCUCCACAUGAUCACGCUACCACCCCAUACCUACACAAGCAGAGAGCAGGGACAGGUGAUGAAAGGGAGGUAGCCUAUUGGUCUGGGGCAUGCAGUGCUCCCACAGCUCAGUGGUGAACCUACUACUAUAGGGGGUGCUGGGAUCGGAAAUGCAGUGAUUUUGCUUGUCAACAAACUUUUAUUCAGUUCUUGAACGUGUGAAAAAAACUGCCAGGACAAACGAUUUGGCUCCUGGAGCAAAUCUUUCCGGACGUGACUGUUGUUCCUGUAUAGGCUCCCAAGGGAGCCAGAGUCGCGCGUUCAUCCCUGUAGCGCCACCUUUCCUGCACAACAUGUUGAUCCUCUUCCUCACGCGACUGAAUUCAGCGAAUAGCGGCGCCGCACGUUCGAGGCGCGCUAAAAAGCACGGGAAUGUACGUCGGGGUGCGUGUAACAUCUACUUUCCUGCACGGCCUUUGAUCCUGCUCCUCACGUGAUCAGAUCUCAGCUAACAGCGGCGCAGCAGCACGUGGAAAAGAGACACACAACUCUGGCUCCCGUAGGGAGCCCCUAUACAGGAACUCUAGGUGCGACAUUUCUUCGGGCUCGUCGACAGAAUAUCAACGCUGACUUGUCAUCCACCUCAGUUUUGGAUUUAUGGCGCAAUCUGAUCCGCCAAUACAAUUAACGGAAAGUAGCAUAGCUGGUCGCACUGUCUUCGGCAAUUAGACCAGCACACACAUCUAGAAAAUUAAAUAAUAAUGAAAAAAAAAA